AAACAGCUGAUUUGUAAAGAUCCAAUCAGCGUUCGCUGACGUUUCAUUUUAGCUUUGUUUUCUUAAUAAACAAAUGAAAUUUCAAUUUCUUGAAAAAUUUGUAUUGUAUAGAACAUAAGAGACAAUACAUAGUGGGAAAAAAGAAAACACAAAAAUGUCCUUCUUGUAUAUAUUAAGUUGGGUCUCAUUGCUAAUACAUAUCGUUUUCGUCUUAAUCUCAAUAGCGGCGGGUCUGUACUACAUGGCUGAGAUAGUGGAAGAAUACACUCAAGCAGCCAGCAAAUUAAUCAGAAUGAUGAUUAGCGCGACGGUAUUCGUGUAUAUAAUGUUUAUAUUUUUUGAUAAUUUGCCUUGGAAAAUGAUAUUGUGCGGGUUUGCAGCACAAAUAUUUCACGCGAUAAUUAUGAGCAAUUUCCCAUUUAUACGGCUUUUGUCAUUCCCUUUUGUAGGGGCAGUAGUGUUCCUGGUAAUUAAUCAUAUAUUGGCUUUCCAGUUUUUUACAAGUUUCUACUAUCCAUUUAUGCAGGUUUUGGCAUAUUUUACGAUAUGUCUAUGGAUGGUGCCCAUUUCUCUUUUUGUGUCGCUUAACGCAAACGAUAAUGUUCUGCCGACUACAAUUAAUGACAGUGCGGGUCAAGAUGUAGUAACAAAUUAUUUCAAUCGUGGAAAGAAGCAGGGCUUACUUUCACUUUUUAGUUAUGCUAAAGAUAGUUUAUUACCCACUCAAAAGAAGAAGCCCUAUUGAUUCGGAAAAGCAAAAAUAGAAAUCGUAAAUUUCUACUGUAAGUAAACUCUGGAAUAAAGUAGACUGUUACCAAUGUAACUUUUUUUUUGAAAAAUCCUGUUAAUUGAAUUAAAUACAAUAUUUAU